AUGACCCCUCAAAAUAAACAGAGACACCUCUCAGUUCUGUCUGCUAACGUCAGAGGCCUCCGGACCAAUAUUGGUGAGUUGACUCACAUGGCCCUCAACAUCAGUGCCGAUAUAAUAGUGGCUACUGAAACUUUCCUUAAUGCAGAAGUAGAACCUGCUUUUGUUAAAAUACGAGGCUAUUCACAGUGGCAAAGAAGAGACAGAACAGGAAAGAACUUUGGAGGUGUAGCUGUGUGCUACAAAGAGAACCUGCAAAUUCAGCUGCUAACAGUCGACUUACCAGACUGGCUGGAAGCCAUCUUUAUGAAGGUCAUGCUGAAAUCAAAUGAGUCCCUACUACUUUGCGCUCACUACAGGCCGCAGUGGCAAGGAAGGGCACCGAUGGACUUCCUAACGGAAAAUUUAGACGUCCUUCAGGCUCGGAACAACUGUCAGCAUCUCUUAAUAGUUGGGGACCUCAAUCACCAUCUCAUCCAGUCAGCAUAUGAGGACCUCCUCACAGUUCACGGGCUGACAGAUUACGUCGAUUUCCCGACGCACAUCCUCGGUAGAUCUCUCGACCCUGUUAUAUCGGAUCUAACUGAGGACUUUAUCUCUUGCUCAUCGCUCGGCAAUAUAGGGACAUCAGAUCACCUUGCAGUUGUAUCACAUCUUUGCCUCGCCCCCGCAGCUGAUGAAAGGAGACAAAGAAAAAUAUGGCUUUGGAACCAUGCAAACUGGCCAGGUAUGAAGGCAGAACUUCAGUCACAAGACUGGGAUGUUCUCCUGGUGGGGAAUGGAAAUGACAAAGCAUCUUCCAUCGCCAGCCUCCUCACUGAAAUGCAGGAGAAAUACGUCCCUUCACGGACAUAUAUCACAAAACCGGGGGACCAAGCCUGGUUUGGCUACAGAUGUCAUCAAGCCUCCAAAAAGAAAUACAGAUUGUGGCAAAGGUACAAAGCCAAUCCCACAAGACACAAUAAACAUCUGUACAAAAAUGCUUGCAAAGAAAUGACAGCCACGUGCAAAUGGGCCCGCAACAGAUGGCAAGAGGACACAAAGCGGAAACUGUCAACUUUGGGAGCAGGCAGCAAGGAGUGGUGGUCGCUCGUCAAGGAGCACCAAGGGGAGACCCGGGAACCCACAAUGCCUCCACUAACCAAGCCCGAUGGAACAACUGCCUUGAGCAACCGGGAAAAAGCUAACCUUCUGGGAAGCAUGUUCAGUUGUAAAAUGACAGUGCCAGAUGCUAACAGGGCACCACCAGAGAUACCCUCAAUGUGCCAUGAACAACUCCCUGGUAUUCAAAUCUGUCGUACCAGAACAAAAGAGAUCCUUCAGAACCUAAACACAAAGAAAGCCCCAGGUUCAGAUAUUAGCCCACAUAUUCUCCGUAGACAGUUUGGUUUUAGAUCCUCCAGAUCGACUGCUGACCUUCUUCUACUGCUGAGUAAAAACUGGCAGGAUGCUCUUGAUGCCGGUCAAGAUACUCUGGUGAUCGCCCUCGACAUCGCCGGCGCCUUCGACCGAGUGUGGCACAGAGGGCUCCUAGCUAAACUACAAGCAAGAGGCAUAAGCAGUAACCUCUUGCGGCUCUUUGAUAAUUAUCUAACUGGAAGAACACUUAAAGUGGUCAUCGGUGGCCAGUCAUCCCAGAAGUAUCCGGUAGAGGCUUCGGUACCACAAGGAUCUGUACUUGGCCCAAUCCUCUGGAAUAUUUAUAUUGAUGAUAUGCUGAGGGAACAUCCUGAAAUCAAUGCAUAUGCCGAUGACUGUACACUUUCUGUUUCAUACCAACGUGAGGACCAUGACGCUGUAGCAACGAAUAUGAAUUCAAAGCUGCAAGCAAUCUACGAAUGGGGAUCACAAUGGCAAGUAAGAUUUGCCCCCAACAAGCCCCAGGCAAUGGUUAUAUCCCGCUCUCCAGCUGCAUCAGGCGUCAUGAAAGACACAAUCUUAAUGAACAACACCGCCCUCCCACUCGAGGACUUGAUCUCAGUCCUCGGUAUUGACAUAGACAGUGGUCUAAGAUUUAACAGACACGUCAGCAGGAUUCGCAAAACAGCUUCCCUGAAGGUGACAGCCCUUCGACGCAUAUCUCAUCUCCUGAAUCCUCAGGGAAUUCUCACGCUAUACAAGUCCCAGAUCAGACCACACCUAGAAUAUGCCUCCCAGCAUCAGCGCACCUUCUCUGCCAGAGUAGCACGUCUGUGGAAUGCAUUCACAUCCACCAUCGAUGUCGCCGAAAUGACAACACAAGUGAAGGCAGCGGCUCACCGAUGGCGGGCGAGCCAGCCAUCACCUCUUAACCUCCUACACCUUCAUGGCGACACAUAA